UGCAUGAUUUCGACAAUGUCAUGUGGGAGAUGUACAGCGACGAAAAUGUUACGUGAACGACGUGAACCUGGGUACACGAGAUUCAAAAUGGAGAAAAUACAUGUCCACGCGCUAGUAUUCAAAUCGACGCCAUUGGGACCAAAAUUUUCAAGUUCCAUAGAGAUAUGUUCAGUGAGGAGCUUUUCUACAUCUGCAUGGAGAUUACACAGAUUUAAAAGUCAAAAAAUUAACCUGGCCAAAGGUUUUGGAUCCAAGUGGAGACUUGCGAACGGUAAAGCAUUGGAUGGUAAAAAGUAUGGUCCCUUGACAGAUCUCCCCGAUUACACAUUCUUAGAUGGACGACCUACCCCACUAACAAGAAAACAACAACAGAGGCUUGCAGAGAAAAAACAAGUUGCAGCCAGAGUUGAUGAACUUCUGGGUGAGCUGAACUUUGCAAAGGAACGUUACAGAGAACAGAUGAAAAAUAAACAGACAGAAAAACCUUUUCCAUUGAAGCCCAAGUCUUGAUGUUUGAUUAUUACUGUUCACGUAUAUUUUACUUGUUUGAUAAAAUUCUUACAAAUAAAGAGUUUUUUCCAUGAUACAAA